CAAAAUCCUUCUCCUUCUCUUCCACGUCACUAAACACAUUAAGCUAAAAAUGGGUUCAAAGAGCAUCAAAUUUUUAGCUUUUUUGCUUCUCCUAAACCUUGUAUUUUUCUCCCUUGUCAGUGCAUGUGAUGAAUGCCCAAAGCCAAAGCCAAAGCCAAAGAAGCCUAAAUGUCCUAAACCUUCUCCCAAACCUAAAUCUCCUAAAACUAAAUCCCCAAAGCCAGCUUCUCCUCCUCCUCCUCCUCCACCUGAAUCUCCUAAAGCGACUUGCCCAAUUACCCUAGAUCUAAACCCAUGUCUUGGGUUGCUUAAUCUUGCUGGGAUCAUCAACAUCGGAUUAUUUUCUGAAGCUCAAUGUUGUCCGCUUCUUGAUGAUCUUGCUGACCCUGAUGCUGCUGCUUGCCUUUGCAAUGCCGUCAAGGUCAAAGUUCCUGGCAUUAUCAACUUAAUUCUUCCAGUUAACAUUAAUCCGAUCUUCGAGCGGUGUCACAGGACUUGCCCUGAGAAGUUCCAGUAUUGCUCCUAUUAGGACAAUAAUCAAUUGAACCUUUUUGUUUUUCAUCUUAAGAAGUUGUUUCUUCUUGAUGUAUGUUUUCCAAUUUUUUCAAAACUUUCAUGUUGAUUUUUCCGUUUGACUAUUUAUUUUUUCCUACGUUUUGUUCCCCGGACCCUUUGAAAUGUCCAAGCUUGAUAAAUCAAAGAACAGUUCGAUUGUGAUUAGAUGAUGGAGAGCAUUUCUUCAUGAACAUUUUGAAGCCUUUUCUGAAGUUAUGCAUGCAGGCUGCAGGCAGUAUAAUCUAUGAGUAUUGGUUUGACUUUGCAACUUCAGUUACCAGCCAAGCGAUUGCAUAUGUACGUUUAUUAGGGUUUGGACUUUGGAGUACUUUUAUGAAUUAUUUUGACCGAAGCCAAAGCCAAAGCCAAAGCCAAAGAAGCCUAAAUGUCCCGUUUGAUUAUGUAUUGUUCCCGUCCCCUUGACAUAUCCAAGCUUGGUUUAAGUGAAAAGCAAGAGUAUUUCGAAUGUGAUUAAGAAAAUGGUAUCAUUUUCCUGAUGAACAUUUUGAAGCCCGAUUUAGAUCGUAUUCAUGCAGAUGCAGCCCGAUUUAUGUACAAGUAUGAAUGUAUCUUUGGUUUUGCAAAUUUAGACACCGG